GGAAACGGAGUCGAUGAUCGGCAAGAAGAAGUUCCGGACGAUGCUCAAAGAGGUCGUUAACCGGUCCAUUUGGAAGAGGAAAAAGUACGUCGUCUGGGCCAGCGCGAUACCGAUCGCGUUGUUCGGGUACUUUGUCCCGUACGUUCACAUUGGAAAGUACGUCGACAUAACGUUCGAAAAAGCCGACAAAACGUACCCUCUGAUGUGCAUCGGUAUAACAUCCGGCAUCGGACGGCUCGUCUUUGGUUACGUCGCCGAUCUUCCGAGAGUCAAUAGAAUACUCCUCCAGCAGGUAUAA